GAUUUUGCAUAUAGAUUUUGCGCUCAAAUAUGGGGAUUGGGUUGAGCAAUCAGAGAUAUUUGAGGGAUUGAGCUCCAGCUAUUUCAUAUUGGGUUACAAUUCUGUCGCCCUACAAACUUGAUAUCUCUCUCAAGAUCAAUGACAACUGAAGUGGGGAGGCAGAAUGUGAGCAGCUGCAAAUAAAAGGACUUCUCUAAACACUCAUGUGCUCUCAGGACUCAGCAAAGAUCAAAUUGAAGGUGGGAUAGGUGAAGCAAGGAAGAAACAUAGAAUGAACGACAAAGACCUGGAUGAGGUAGAGGACUGGUGCUUUGUUUGCAAAGAUGGUGGAGCAUUGAGGGUGUGUGACUACCGAGGCUGCACCAAAGUCUACCACGCCAAAUGUGUGCACAAGACUAAUUCUUUUCUCAAAACCAAGAAGCGAUGGGUUUGUGAUCACCACUCUUGUUCAGUGUGCCACUCCCAAAUCGAAAUCAGCUUCUCUUGCCUUCUCUGCACAUAUUCGGUGUGUGACAAUUGCCGCAAAAGUAAUGAUAGCUCUGAGUUUGCGGUGGUAAGAGGGAAGGAGAAUGUAGGGCUCUGUGUGGAUUGUCUAGAGCUUGUUAGGUUUGCGGAGAAUGCGGAGUGUGAUAGAGAUGGAGAUAAGUUAGACUUUGAGGAUCCGGAGACAUUCGAAUAUGGAUUCAAAGAGUGUUGGGAGAUCCUCAAGGAAAAGGAUGGAUUGACUUUAAAUGAUAUAUAUGACGAAAGAAGAGAGAUGAUACAUGAUGAGGAAAUUUCAUUGAAAGAACUUCUGAUGCAGAGACUAAACAAGCAAAAAUCAGAUUUUGAUUCUAAGGAAAAGCCUGAGAAUGUGGUUAGUCUUGGUUCUCAUAUGAAUGCAGAAAGUGGGAUACACAAGGAAGAUGGUGAUGAAACUACACAAAUAGAUCAUGUGUUAUGCAAACACAAUAAGCGAAAAUUGAUCUUAGAUUGUGAGACAUCAUCUGAAUCUGAGAAAAAGGAGCCACAUGUAGAGAAUGGGAUGAGUGAGGAUUAUGAAGAUAAUAUUCCAUUGAAAGAUCGUCUCGCGCGCAGAAUACUCAAGAAGCCAAAGUUGGUAAUCCCACAUUAUGUGAAACCUUUUGUUUCUGUGGAAAAGGAGCCACAUGUGGAGAAUAGUCUUAGUGAGGAUGAUGAAGAUAUAACGCUGAAAGAUUGUCUCGCCCGCAGAUUACCCAAGAAGCCAAAAUUGGUGAUCCCAUCUUAUGUGAAACCUUUUGUUUCUGAGGAAAAGAAGAAAGUGAUGUAUCAUUAUUGCACUAGGAAUGCCAAAGAAAGUUGUUUUGCAUCAGUAGUUGUUAGCAAUAUGAAGCUUGUCUACUUACGGAGGAGCUUAGUGGAGGAGUUGAUGUCAACACAACCUGAUAACUGGGAAAGAAAGGUAGUGGGAAGCUAUGUAAGAGUGGAAAAUGACCUUGAUGACUAUUUCCAGGGAAAUUCUUCAUACCAACUUACACAAGUGAAAGGCAUAACUAGGAAACAGAACAGUGGAGAAAUUCUUCUUCACCUGCUUGCUAGAGAUGUUCUCAUUUCCUCACUAUCAGAUUGCGACUUUACUGAGGAAGAAUGUAGGAAUUUGCAAGAAAUGGUAGAGAAUCAUUUGGUGAGGAGACCUACUGUUGUUGAGAUUGAACACAAAGCGAGACAACUGCAUGAGGAUAUUAAGAAAGACUGGAUUGAGAGAGAGUUCCUCAGGUUAGAGACUUGCAUUCGUUCAGAAACAAAUCAAUAUGGAUGGAUCAGCACAGGGUUAUCAAAGUAUAUAGAACUACGUGAAAUGCUGAAGCAAACAUUAGAACAGGGAAAACUCUUGCACGAGGAGCCACAAAUCAUUACAGACGUCUUGAGUUUGAGUGACUUAUGACUAGUUUGAUAUGUAUCAAUAUGUGUCAUCAUUUUAUUCAUGAAGCUAGCUUUGUAUACCAGAU